AUGGCCCUGGCUCUCUGGACCACUCUUCCAAGUAGGAUGUCACUGAGAUCCCUCAAAUGGAGCCUCCUCCUGCUGUCACUCCUGAGUUUCCUCGUGAUGUGGUACCUCAGCCUUCCCCACUACAAUGUAAUAGAACGUGUAAACUUCAUGUACUUCUAUGAGUAUGAGCCGAUUUACAGACAAGACUUUCGCUUCACACUUCGAGAGCAUUCAAACUGCUCUCAUCAAAACCCAUUUCUUGUCAUCCUGGUCACCUCACAUCCCUCAGAUGUGAAAGCCAGACAGGCCAUCAGAGUUACUUGGGGUGAAAAAAAGUCUUGGUGGGGCUAUGAGGUUCUUACAUUUUUUUUAUUAGGCCAACAGGCUGAAAGGGAAGACAAAAUGUUAGCGUUGUCCUUAGAGGAUGAACACCUUCUUUAUGGUGACAUAAUACGCCAAGAUUUUUUAGAUACUUAUAACAACCUGACCUUGAAAACAAUUAUGGCAUUCAGGUGGGUAACUGAGUUUUGCCCCAAUGCCAGGUAUAUCAUGAAGACAGACACUGAUGUUUUCAUCAAUACUGGCAAUUUAGUGAAGUAUCUUUUAAAUUUAAAUCACUCAGAGAAGUUUUUCACAGGUUAUCCUCUAAUUGAUAAUUAUUCCUAUAGAGGAUUUUACCAAAAAACCCAUAUUUCAUACCAAGAGUAUCCUUUUAAGGUGUUUCCUCCCUACUGCAGUGGGUUGGGUUAUAUAAUGUCCAGAGAUUUGGUGCCAAGGAUUUAUGAAAUGAUGGGUCAUGUAAAGCCCAUCAAGUUUGAAGAUGUUUAUGUUGGGAUCUGUUUGAAUUUAUUAAAAGUUGACAUUCAUAUUCCAGAAGACACCAACCUUUUCUUUUUAUAUAGGAUCCAUUUGGAUGUCUGUCAGCUCAGACGUGUGAUUGCAGCCCAUGGCUUUUCUUCCAAGGAAAUUAUCACCUUUUGGCAAGUUAUGCUAAGGAAUACCACAUGUCAUUAUUAA